UUUGAUAUAUUUUUUAAAUUAAAUUUGAGGCUCCAUACGCACGGUCCGGUAUUGAUCAAAACUGGAGCCUGUCUUAUAUUUGAGAAGGAAGCGGGUACAAAGUGUUAUUUUUUCCUUUCCUUGACGUUUUGUGGAGCUUGUCCUGGGUAGAUGUAACGGAGCAGCGCCGACUCUAGCCAAGCCUUGCUUAUUCCUGACUGCCUGCAUUUGCGGACACAACAUGGCAAGCACAUUCACCAAGGUUUUCACCUCUAAGAGAACCGUGGGCAUAUUGUCACUAGUGGGUGCGGGAUCAUUGGCGACCGGGUACUUGCUGAACAGGCAACAUGUCAGCGCUGGAUCGCAGGUUCGGAGAAUUUACCCUGCCAGCGCGGAGUACCCCGAUUUGCGGAAACAUAACAACUGUAUGGCCUCCACCCUGACUCCCGCUAUCUACGCCAAGCUGUGUGACAAAACUACCCCCAAUGGCUACACCAUAGACCAAGCCAUCCAAACGGGCGUAGACAACCCAGGACAUCCCUUCAUCAAGACCGUGGGGAUGGUGGCUGGAGAUGAGGAGACAUAUGAGGUGUUUGCUGACCUUUUUAAUCCCGUCAUCAAAGAGAGACAUAAUGGCUACGACCCCACGAUGAUGACGCAUCCCACCGACCUCGAUGCCAGCAAGGUCCGAUCGGGGAUGUUUGACGAGCGCUACGUGCUGUCCUCUCGGGUCCGCACGGGCCGCAGUAUCCGUGGACUGAGCCUGCCGCCGGCCUGCACGAGGGCAGAGCGCCGGGAGGUGGAGCGGGUCGUGGUGGACGCCCUCAACGGCCUCCAGGGGGAGCUGAAGGGUCGAUACUACAGCCUGGUGCAGAUGACGGAGCAGGAGCAACAGCAGCUCAUCGAUGACCACUUUCUGUUUGACAAGCCUGUGUCUCCCCUCCUGACCUGUGCUGGCAUGGCGAGAGACUGGCCGGACGCCAGAGGAAUCUGGCACAACGAUCAGAAGACCUUCCUUAUAUGGAUCAACGAAGAGGACCACACGCGUGUUAUCUCCAUGGAGAAGGGGGGCAACAUGAAGCGGGUGUUUGAGAGGUUCUGUAAAGGACUCAAAGAGGUGGAGAGGCUGAUCACAGAGAAAGGCUGGGAGUUCAUGUGGAAUGAGAGACUGGGCUACGUCCUCACCUGUCCCUCCAACCUGGGCACUGGCCUAAGGGCCGGCGUCCACGUCAAGCUGCCUCGACUCCACAAGGACCCCCGUUUCCCCAAGAUCCUGGAAAAUCUGCGUCUUCAGAAACGAGGCACGGGGGGCGUGGACACUGCGGCGGUGGGGGGCACCUUUGACAUCUCCAACCUGGACCGACUGGGAAAGUCGGAGGUCGAGCUGGUCCAGAUAGUGAUAGAUGGGGUGAACUACUUGAUCGACUGUGAGAAGAAGCUGGAGAGGGGACAGGACAUCCGGAUCCCACCUCCGAUCAGUCAGUUCAAGUAGACUGACCUUGGAGCCCAGCUUUGGCUACUGCUGCCAUAUUCAUGUUCACAUAACUAAAGUGCUCUAUACCCAGCGCUGAACAUUGAACUUAAUAAAGUAUUCUCUGACAUGCUG